GCUAUCUGUCAAUAUACAUUACACCCACAAAAUCACACACACACAACCAUUUCUUCAUCUUUGAUUCUCCCCCUUUCUUUCUCAAUCUUUCAAAACCCCCCUUUUCAAGACGGAUCUAAUGCAAGGGCAGAGGGGCGGUGCAAUUGGUUCUUUAUCAGACUCUGUAGUGUUUGAACACGGUUCAACAUCGAGUCCUGUAGUUGAUCCACAAAUUUGUUGGGAUAAUAUGCAAAAUGCUUCUUCAAACCAGUUGUCAGAUUAUAUAUCCUUGGAUUCUUCAGAAGAGGAAGGGGAGAACGAAAAUUUGUGGGAUUUAGGCGAACCUAGUUCAAGCUCUGGUCCAGACCAAAUGAACCCAACUCAUACCGAACCUAGACCAGAACGUGGGUGGCCUACUCUAAUGAAAUCAAGUAUUGAACAACCAUCGAGUGUGCUAUCUUUGGGUGAUAAUGGUUCUUCAAGUUCAACGUUUUCUGAUCCGUUUGGCCCAUCUUCACAUCGGUUUGAGUUAGAUGACCGCAGGUUUUCCCGUAAAAGGAAGGCAGUAGAAUUAAGUAUUGGACAAUCUUCUUCUGGUGUUGGGAGUUCAAACACUUUUCAAAGGCAUGAGGGUGGUUCAAGCCCUUGGCACACAAUUGGUGAAAACCCUCCAUUCGACCCAACUAUCCCGCGACUUGGAUUGAAUGUUAGCACUGUUUCUUCGGAUAACCAAUCUGAAAACCCUCAUAGAAAUGUGAAUCCGAGGAUUAGUUCUUCCCACCAAGAAGCUAACCCGUUACCCAUUAAUAAUAACAAUCAGGAAACUGAUAUUGCAGGUCACUAUUCCUCUUUGAGACUUAACCCGACGUCGGAGGUUCCAUCAAGUCAUCAAGGGCAGCCCGUUCUGAGAAUUCCAUCUUUGAGAAGAAAUCUUCAGUCGACACAAAGAUGGACUCGACAUACUGCGUCGAGAGCCAACAGAUCAUCCAAUCUUGUUAUAUCAGGAGAUAGGAAUGGUCUCGAUUCAAUUUCAAAUCGUCCCUUAUUUGCACCACAAAAUAAUAUACAAGAUGGUGCUGAAACCGAACUGGAGUGGAAUCCAAAUGGUGUUGGUGAUGGGGCAGUUAACACCACAGCACAGGGUGGUGCUUCGUCUUCUCGAAGUGGACCUAGUUCUGGGCCUUCUUCACAUUAUCAUCCUAGAAGAUUAUCAGCGUAUCUUAGGAGGUCUUUGUUAUCUGCCGCAGAUUCAGAGACAAGUGGAGGGCAAACCGGUAAUCUUCUCCCGAGAAUUCCGACAGUUCUGAGGAGUUUAUCUUCUUCACAGGAUAGUGGGAGCCCGCCUGUUGCUGGCAUUCAAGGUCAUCAUCAUCAACCUCACUCAAGGUCUUCAUUAUUGCUUAGUCGGCACCUUGAUGGUGCUCUCCGAUUUCCACAUCUCUCACGGUCAACAACGCCUGGUAGUGAAGGAAGAGGCCGGCUAGUUUCAGAGAUUCGUAGUGUGCUGGAUCUUAUGCGAAGGGGCGAGCCCUUGCGAUUUGAGGAUCUUAUGCUCUUAGAUCAGUCAGUCUUCUACGGAAUAGCGGAUAUUCACGAUAGGCAUAGAGAUAUGCGGCUUGAUAUUGACAAUAUGUCAUAUGAGGAGCUACUAGCGUUGGAAGAACGCAUUGGAAAUGUUAACACAGGAUUAACAGAAGAAACCAUUUUAAAGCAUCUCAAACAGAAACAAUAUGUUUUGCCUGAAGCAAGUCUUGCAGCAGAACCAUGCUGCAUUUGCCAGGAGGAAUAUAAGGAUGGAGAUGAUCUUGGAACACUAGAGUGCGGGCAUGACUUCCAUCAUGGCUGCGUCAAACAAUGGUUGCAGCAGAAGAAUUCCUGCCCAAUCUGUAAAUCGACGGGAUUUACUAAUACAUGAGCCGGAAUAAGGGCAUGAAGAUUGUAUCAUUUAUUGGAUCACAAGUAAGGUGGUGUCUUUGGAUAAAUUAUUGGCAAAUAAUAUAAUCUUUGCCUGUUACCAUUAAAGUUUAAAGGUCUAUGUAUGUUGUUAUCAUUUUAGAUUCUUUUUUUAUGAUGAACCAAAGACCCAACUUGUAUCAAUUUUCCAUUUAUUUAUGCUGCUCAUCAAGAAGUUCAAAGUUUUCAUCUUAA